AUGCAAAGUUCAAUCCUGAAUAUCUUUUCUGCUCCUGCCACUGGCACCAACCUCGCGCCGGCGUAUACUCCAUUGAACUCAACAAGCGGCCCGACGCCGUUGUCUCAAAGAUUGGCCUCUGAAUCUGAUGCGGGUUUGAGUGUUCUGGCUGAAACGGAAGGGGUGGAUAAUGUCCCCAGCUUAGAAGAGGUUGAAGUGUCGGCAGAAAGCUGGGAGGAAAAUGGGGCACCAAGGGGCCCUCUGAGAAGAAAGAAGAAGAAGAACGUUGCGGAGAUCUGGGCGGCAGCCUCUGGGGAAUCGUUGCCGCAGAAGAAGACAAAGCUAAAGAAGAAGAAGAGUAAGCCCAAUGGGGCAGGCAAAACGGGGAAAGCCAACAAGGUUAGCCAGGGGUUAAACCAGGGGUUAAGGAAACCAGAGGGGCUAGAGAGCUUGGAGGAGCUUUCUGUAGAGGCGCUUCUGAGGAGGGGGUGGAAACUGUUGGAACUUGGAAGUGCCAAAAGCGCAGCAGAGUACUUUGGCGAGUGCGUUGGCCGGGGAGCAGAGCGGGGGGACAAAGUGACGGCGCUGCUGGGGCUGGCGGAGGCGUUGUGUGCUCAGACUAGUUACGAUUCUGCUCUGGCGGCCAUUUCAAUUGCGCUAGACCUCGACCCUGCAAACCCAGAGGCGCUGUUCCGGGCCGGCACCACCUGCCUCCACCUAGAGCGCUUCGCUGAGGCGCGCUCCCACCUGGCCUCCGCCAGGGCCUCUUCUCCAAAACCCUCCCUUGCCACCAAAGUCGAUCAAGCGCUCCAAGACAUCGAGCGCUGCGAGAAGCAGAGCCAGGGGGCGUUCGAUCUCGAAAGUUUUCACACCGAGCAGCGCAUUCCCACCCCCAUGGCGGACUACAUAGGCCCGGUCGAGAUCUCGGACCUGGUGGGAAAAGGCCGCGGUUUGACGGUGACUCGGGACGUCAAAAGGGGGGAGCUGCUCGUGGCGGCCAAAGCUGUUGCGGUGUCAAGCAGGGAGGGGCGGGCCGCGGGGAGGGAAGUUGACACCAGCGCGCAGGAUGCGCAGGUGGCGCAGAUGGUUUUGGAGAGGGUUUGCGCUGACCUGUGGGUUAGGACGCAGGUGGAGAGCAUGUACGAUGGUACGGACCGAAAGCUAUCGGUGCCAAGCAUAGAUAUCUUUCGACGGAACGCUUAUAGGCCGAAACCGGAAGAGUCAGAGCUUGGAGGCAACUUGACACCAGCGAGCGGGGCCCCUGAGGGUGGCAGUGAGGGGAAGGGCGCGGUGUCAACGGAGCUAGACUUGGAACGCAUCAAGCGGGUGAAGCUGUACAACGCGUUCUCGACGGAAGCGGUGCAGGGCAUAAGCGGGGAGGAGGGGCCAUCGGAGAUGGACGAGGUUGGGCUAUGGACGCUGGCGGGAAUCAUCAACCACAGCUGUCUCCCCUCGGCCUCCUACUUCGUCAUCGGGGACGCGCACUUCGUCUUCGCGGUCCAGGACCUCCCCCGAGGCGCCGAGGUCACGCAACCCUACAUGGCCGUCGCCGAGCCACGUGUCAAGCGCCAGAGAGAUGCCCGGCUGCUGUGGCGCUUCUCGUGCCGCUGCUCCCGGUGCGAGUUCGAAGAGAGCCGGAAAGACGAGCUCGAAUCAGCGACGGCCACGUGGCAGGAGGUCCGGGAAGCGACGGAGGUCCUGCGUCGGGCGGAGGAGGAGGGGGGCGCGGCCGCGGAGGAAGCCUUCCGGUUCUUCCGGAGCAGGUUGGACUCGGUCGAGGCGGUGAUCGAGAAGGUGGGUCGGACGGAGGAAGAGAGGAACUGGCUCCGGGCGUCGUAUAUGACGUGCUACACGCGGUUCGAGCGCGUAUGCGAGUUGGUCGGGGAUUGGGAGGCGUGCGAAAGGGCGGGGUUGGCGUGUCUAGAUGCGAUGGAGAGCGUGAAUUUGUACUUCUCGUUCACGAUACAGCAUGCGGCGGAGAUAGCCGAGUUGAUGCUGUGUCGGUAUGGGAAGGAGUCGGAGGAGUGGCGGGCGUAUAAGCAGCGGAUGCUGCGAAUCGUCGAGCGGAGCCUAAACUGCGUACCUCGCUAUGCAGUGGAAGCGAUCGAGGACAUUGAGUCCUUCUCAAGGGGCGAAUGUAGGGAGCUCUUUUCAGAGAAGAUCUGUAGGUGGUAGGACAAAGCGGCGAUUGAACAGGUAUACGAGCAUAUUCUAUUCAUAUCUAAAGCGAGUGCAAAAGGUGAUUGGACAGGUACCAAUAUGAGCAUACGAUACUCAUUCUAAAGCCACUGCAAAACAGAAGUUGUAAAGAGGUCCACGGCCAAGGGCUGCAGUAAGUGAACCCGCUGUGCGACGCGUGUGUGAUUGCAGCUUGCGCAAUUUACCAAGUUAACAUCUG